AUGCCUCUCGACGAGGAAGGCGCCAAGUGGUCCUGUGAACCAUGCAUUCGAGGUCAUCGGUCGUCAAAAUGUCAACACUUUGAUAGACUCAUGAUGAAGGUCCCCAAGGCUGGGCGCCCUCUGGCCAAAUGCCCUCACCCGAAAGGAACUUGUAGCUGCCAGAAAACAUAUGCUGUGAUGGUCCGCAUUCCGAAAGGCUCAUCUUGCCUGUGUCGGCCGCUCUAUGAAGUUCCUGUCAAUGCCAAUGAACCUACACAAUCUCCCACGCCCUCGACGCCGUCAACUUCGUCACCGGCCCCUGGGAAAGUUCAAAAGUCUGGAAGGAGGCAGAGCACCAUGCAAGCUGCGCCGCAGAACAUUGCGCGGGCACUAGACAGCAUGCCAGAUAACCUCAAAUUCGAGGAAGGAACACCUGGUUUCUUGUCAAAUCGCCCCUUGCAAUCAGAGCUAGAUGCUUCAAGUAAACCCCAUGCGGGUUUGAAACCUACCCCGGUACCAUCGCCCCAAGAACCCGCCAGGGAAAGCUCGCAAUCUCCUCCGGCAUCGAGCUGCUGUUCUCAAAAACCCAAGGCACCCAUCCCGGCUCCAGCUCAGGCCUCAGCCAAUGUCUCUCACCUUCAACCAGUUCAAAAUGGAGGUUCCUGCUGUAGCUCUCGUCCUCCCGCAGCGAGCCAACCCGAGCACCAAGAGUCCAACAAACAGAAUUUCCAGCCAGCUGCCGUUUGGAAUGAUCGAUCUUAUAUGCGCUUUGGUGAUCCCCAGAUGACUUCAUGGCAGAAUCAGGCAAUCCACCCGCGUGCAAACUACAUGCACCCUACCAUCGGCCAAACACAUCCCCAACAGCAUUUCCCUCCAAAUGGUUAUGUGCAGAUGUUACCGUCCCACUCUCAACCAUCUAUGUCCCACGACGGAAUUUCCCUUGGUGUAACUUCGCCGCCAUCUAUGACCUACCAAAAUUCCAUCAACGGCCUUGGAAUCACCCAGCCCUCUAUGGACCCAUUUAGGCUCAGUCAGCCCCAGUCUACAUUUGCUGCUCCGUCAAGUGGUGAUCCUUGUCACGAAUGUAGCUGUGGAGAAGAAUGUCAAUGCUUGGGAUGUGCGGCACACCCCUUCAAUACCACAACACGAAAGCAUGUGCAAGAGAUGGGCACAAUGAUCACAUUCAAUGGCGACGAAAGAAAUUCAGACGUCAUCAAUCCCUACCAAACCGCAUCUUUCCAAGGCGGCGCUCCUCCGAACGCGUUCCCUUAUUUCAUGCAAAGUACACAGACUUUGGACCACGGUUUCCAGCCGCAUCCAUACAAUGGUUAUUCAGACCCCAACUCAGCUUUACCCAGCGGUUACUCCUCUCCGCUGGCUACAAAUCAUCAUAUGAAUCAGCCAUUGAUGCACCCUUCAGAGUAUUACACCUUGGAAUAUCCUGUUGGGUUGCCAAGCGCCUGCUCUGAUGUGACAGGUAGCUGCCAGUGUGGUAGUGAUUGCAGCUGUGUUGGGUGUCUCACUCACAGCGGCCACAGCGGCUUCUCUCUAGACAUGACUGCCCCCGAAAACCCUAUUCCCGACACUACAGAACUGCAAAGCUCGCCUCAUCCUCGACAACCAAGCUCCGACUCUCGAAACCAAAUGCUCGACAAUUUGUCCGUGCCAUGCCUGAGCCCUCGCACCUUGGAGACUUCUAUGAUCUAG